AUGGCACCGCCUACAAAUCGCCCAGCAGCGACAUUACGUCCACCAGGACCACCACCACGCCCCUUGAGAGCCGGUCCAGACGCGAUCGAACUCGGCAACAUGGUCGAACAAUUCACCUUGCCUGUUCUCAACAACGAGGGAUACAUAAACUGCACUGUCGAAGACACAGAAGGCCAACUGGAACGAGCAUGGGGACAUGGCGGCGGUCUCCGCUACGGAGAUGCAAAGAAAGGACGCCUGUUGCCUGGCGAUCGUUUCCACAUCCAUCCCUGUUUGCAGCGUACGCGAUGGGAAGGGAUUGAUGAUGAUGCAGAGUGGGAAGCUAUACGACCUUCUGUGGAACUGGCAUCACGUAUCCUCGACGAUCCUCGUAUCACGCCUUUCUGGGCAGGGUUGAAAUCGUAUAAAGUCGCCGACCUGUGGGAUCCCAUCCUGAAGGAUGUUCACAAAGAUUGGGAUUUUUAUCGAUUCGAUUUGGAUGCCGGUGUUAUGGGAGAUGAAGAGGAAAAGGCAAAUGUCAUGUUUGCAAUGAUGGCGUAUAGGAAAAGGAUUGUGCUGAGGUUUGGCAAGAUAAAGGGGCAUGGGGUGACCGAAUGCGUUCGGAGGACUGACUGGGUAUCGUGUCUCUCAGGAACAAAGAUCCAAGUCAAUGCGUCGUCACUUUCAACGAAGACUAACAAGAUAUACUCUGCGAGGAUCCUACUUGCGGAGCUCAUCGAUGGUCGCAACCCAAAUCCCGAGCCAUACCUCCGAGACCGACCAGUCAACGAACUCGGCUUUGAACUCGAAAACAUGAUCUUCGCAGGCAGUGCCGAGUCGAGCGGGAAAACCUAUCACGUCUCUGCACCAUACGGCUUAUGUACGUUGCGCUUUCCCAGCCAGAUCCGCUGCGGGUCAGGGGAGCCGAGAGGCCAGCCUCAGGAUUGGGGCAUCAAUUGGACCACAGAGUAUCCCAUCCACAUGGAUCAUUGCAAAAAGAUGUUUACCAUAAAGUUUUGGGAUGAAGAUGUUGCGAGAGUGUUUGGGGCUAGGGUAGAUGAUUACGUGUGCGCGCUCAUUGCCGUUUCCAGCGUUGAGGUGCCUCAAGAGGUGGCUCGCUUUUGA